GUGGCAGAGAGGGGCGUGAGCCUCAGCCUGAGCGUGAUGGCGAGUUGGAGAGGGACGAGGAUAAUCAUGAGGCUGGGGUAGGUGACAAGAAAAAGGAGUUGGAUCCCAAUGGACUUUGGUUUGAAGACAAUGGAGUCAUUCGCGACAUGACUAAAUGCUUCAAGCAACAUUUCCAUCAUCCAUGGAGGAACUAUUCGCAGGUUGAUGACGAUACAAAAAACCUUUGGUUCUCUAUUUUCAAGGGCACAUAUAAAUGGAGGGAGGAGCUUCAAUCUCAAGUGAGGUCUACAUACGACAGGAAAAUGGCCAAAAGGUUGAAAGAUAAUCACCACUCGAUAGUAAAGAAGAAGGGUGGUGUUUGUCCGACAUGGUUGUCUCUGAGCAUUCACGAGCAGAUGAUGAAGAAUGCUCAGGAUAAGGAGUUCAAAGCACGAUCUCAGAAGGCUAGCAAGAACCGGCGAGGAGGUGACUUGACCAGCAGCGUACCUCCUUCUCAUGUCCAGGGCUCCAUUUCCUCAGCAGAGCGCGCCAAGAGAUUGGUAAGUGUAACUUGUUUGAAUACAUUUGAUCUAGAAAAUUGAUUUAAUUAAUGUCUUUGAACGUGUAGGCCGCACAGCGUGGAGGGGUGCUGCCUUCCGCUGUGGACUUGUUCAUGGACACACACAUGAGGGAUGAGUCUGGAAAGAAGGUGCCGAUCAAUGACAAAGUCCAAAAAAUCAAGGUAAAUGAACAUGAAACCCAAAAA